CAUAAAAGGCAACAUUGUAUCGCUUUAUAUGGGGGAAGGUAGCGAGGGGGGUGCCCCGGGCCGGCGCGGGUCCUGCCUGUAGCGUGUGAGCAAGCGGAUAGGAAGGCGGGUGGCGGCGGCCGGGCAGAGGGCGAGCGAGCGAGUGAGAGGGAGAAAGGGGCCGGGCCGAAUCAGCCGGCGCCGGGGCCCAUGGCAGCGCCGGCCUGACCCGACGCGUUAGUCCUACUCGCAUUUAGAGGGAGGCGGCGACAACGGCACCGGCACCAUGUUACCCAGCCAGGCCGGGGCCGGGAACGGCGCUGCCGCCCUGCCCCGGAGCUCGGUCAUGGGCAUGGCGCGGACGUCCUCCGGCCGGCCAGGUGCUGGGCUGCCCCGCGGAGCGAACGGAGGAAGCGGCGGGGGAGGCGGCGCUGUUGCUGGAGGAGUCCGGGGCCCCGGCAAUGGGACGGGCCCGCCUAGUAUGCAGGGGACGGUCGGGGGUCGCUUCGAGCGGGAUCGGGACUUAGGGGCAGCGGCGGCGGCGUCCAACAGUAGCGAAGGCAAUUCCGACUCGGCCGAAGACGAGGAGCUGGUGGGCGAUCGGCGCGGCAUGAAGCGGACUUUGGGUGACAUGGAGCUGGGGGUGGUGGUGGGGCCGGAGGCGGCUGCUGCUGCUGCAGCGGCGGGGAGCUACGGCGGGGUGAGCGGGCCCGUGAGCGGCGCCAAACCAGGCAAGAAGACCCGCGGCCGCGUCAAGAUCAAGAUGGAAUUUAUCGACAACAAGCUGCGGCGCUACACCACGUUCAGCAAGAGGAAGACGGGCAUCAUGAAGAAGGCCUAUGAACUUUCCACCCUAACGGGCACUCAAGUUUUGCUGCUUGUUGCCAGCGAGACGGGCCACGUCUACACGUUUGCCACUCGGAAGCUGCAACCCAUGAUCACCAGUGAGACGGGAAAAGCGCUGAUCCAGACGUGCUUGAACUCUCCUGACUCUCCUCCUCGGUCAGACCCAACCACUGAUCAGCGCAUGAGCGCUACAGGCUUUGAGGAGACGGACCUCACUUAUCAGGUGUCAGAGUCAGAUAGCAGCGGAGAAACAAAGGACUCACUGAAGCCUGCAUUCACGGUCACCAACCUGCCGGGGACGACGUCGACCAUCCAGACGGCGCCCACCACUUCCACCUCCAUGCAGGUCAGCAGUGGCCCCUCGUUCCCCAUCACCAACUACCUAGCUCCAGUCUCUGCCAGUGUCAGCCCCAACACGGUCACCAGUGCCAAUGGGACAGUGCUGAAAACCACUGGAACCAGUGCAGUGGCCUCUGGACAGCUAAUGCAGAUACCCACUGGCUUCACCCUCAUGUCAGGUGCUCCUCUCCCUCCUGGGACCCCUACCAUUCCUCUCACUCAGUUACAGCCACACUCGCUGGCCCUCUCCAGCCAGCAGGGCCAGGUGGCAGUCGCAGGCACACCUGGACAGCUGCAGCAGGCACAGCAGACAGUGUUCCGAUUUCCAGCAACAGCCGGAGGGCAGAUUUUGUCUCUGACAGGUGGUGCUGUGGCUCAGCAGGUUCCUGUGCAAGCCAUCCAGGUGCAUCAGGCCCCCCAGCAGACGUCUCCCACAACUGACAGCAGCACUGACCUCACCCAGACCUCUUCCAGCGGGACAGUGACCCUGCCAGCUGCUAUCAUGACUUCAUCUGUGCCAACCACAGUAGGAGGCCAUAUGAUGUACCCAAGUCCUCAUGCAGUGAUGUAUGCUCCUACAUCAGGCCUCACGGAUGGGGGGCUUGCGGUUCUCAAUGCCUUCUCCCAGGCGUCAUCAGCAAUGCAAGUUUCACAUGGGCAAGUCCAGGAUCAGGGUGGUGUCCCUCAGGUGUUCCUGACAGCACCGUCAGGAACAGUUCAGAUCCCAGUCUCAGCUGUCCAGCUUCAUCAGAUGGCCGUUAUCGGGCAGCAGUCCAGCAGCAGCACCAACUUGACAGAGCUGCAAGUGGUCAACUUGGAUACGUCGCAUAGUACCAAGAGUGACUGAGCAACUCUGGGCUAGGUGGGGGUGGGCGGAGGGAACCUGGUGGGAGGAGGGAGGGCGAGAGAGGGGUGUCCCUGGCACCCAAACCUGCAGCGGCCUGCCUCCAGCUUUGGGGCUGUGCGUGGCCCCAAGAUCUACAGCGCUCCUCAAGCUGCACCAGGAUCUCGGCGGUCCCUAUUUUUCUAUGGACUCUGUCACUUAUUUAUUGUUGCCUUUUUCACGUUUUUCUUCUCUCAACACUUUACACUCACACACACAAACACACACACAUACACACAAACGCAUAUUAAAAGUGGCUGUGAGGCCAGCAACAGGGUGCUGAGCCUGGGCUGUAGGGGGGCUUUGUUGGAUUUGAACGCUGCAUAUACUGUGCUUUUUAUUUUUAUUUGUGUGUGUUGUUGUUUUGUUUUGUUUUUCCUUCUCACUCCAGCCAAAGAAACUGUCUGUCAUGGGUGGGGGAAUUUUGCUCUGCCAUGCAUACAUACAUACCAAUUCCUCCUUCGGUUUUCACAGCCAAAGCGGGAGUUUUUCCUCCUCCUCACCUCAGAAUCUCCACAAACCUCUUCAGCUUACGGCCUCCAAGCUGAGCAACCUGAAACUUGGGGAGCUGGGGGAGACAAGCUGGAAUGCAGAAGGGUUCAAAGCCAUCAUCAAAAAGGAUUUAUUUUAAUUUUUUACUUCCACCGGAGCAAAGAGUCAUUUCUUCCCAUCCACCCCCAGGUUCAGGUCCUCCGGCUGGCUGCAGCAUUGUGCCUUCAAGCAAUCAGUGAUGCAUUGUGGGUGGGCUACAGCACAGUGGCCUUGCCUUUUAUCCUUGGCUUGCGAAGAAGGGUUGUUCCAGUGGAGUCCACCUUAACAAAGGCCUCACCUGCACUAUACAUUUAAAACAAUAUUAUGCCACUUAAACAGUCAUGGCUUCCCUCAAAGAACCCUGGGAGCUGUAGUUUAGGAGACCUCUAUUCCCCUCAUAGAGCUACACUUUCCACAAUGGUUUAACAGUCAAUCCCUCUUCCCUGGGAACUAUAGCUCUGUGAGGGGUAUAGUGGUCUCCUCAUAACUUUCAGCACCCUUAACAAACUACAGUUCCCAGGAUUCUUUGGGGGAUGCUAUGACUGAUUAAAGUGGUAUGAUACUGCUUUAAAUGUAUAGUGCAGAUAGGGCCUUAUUCUCUGCUGAUGGUGGUCAGAAACUGGGUUGACUAGGGUGGUCAGAAACGUGUGUUUGGUUGAUAGGAACCAAUUGACUCCAGGAACUCACAGUUGGCAUGUGAGGCAGCUGCUUCAGCCUGGUCACAUCCACAUUUCACUGCCAAAAGGGCCUUUGUAAGGUCCACUUUGUCCUUCCUUGGAAACACGUUCAGCAACUCUUAAGCCCAGUAGCUGCAAUUGCUCCUAGUCCUAGCCUUGAUGUGGCACUUGGGGGAAUAUCCUCUCAGGCAGGCUUUCUUUGUUUUUGCCGAAGGUUUUCCUCUUGAGAAGAAAGAGGUGUUAAGCCACAAUCCCUUUUUAAUAAACUGGGGAAGGAUGUAAAGAAAUAGAGUUUGAAACAGAGAGAGAGAGAGAGAGCUCUAUUUUUAUAAGUUUUAAACUUGACUCAACAGGCCUUCCCAAGGCAGAUGCACCCACAACUUGAGACCUCACUAGCUGUGGGUGCAAUCAUCUAAGCUGGUCCAUGGCACUUCUCCCUCCUCCCCCCCCAGCCCUGAAAUGAGAUGAUCUGCUGCUUCACCACCCUUACGGCAUAUUCAGCUCGCACCUGCUAGGAGGGGUGCCCCGUUGGGGCCUGCUGUUCCUCAUUUGGGACUAACGGCAAACUUGCCCAGAGCAUUUGUGAGAAUGCUCUUCCCAUAUGGUGAAGGGGCAGUACCACAUGGAUAAGGUGGCAGCUACUGUACUGUCAUGUCUUUUUUGUGCUUUAGAAAACGCCUUGUGUUAAUUCAAACAUGAGGUUUUGGGUGAAAGCAAAGUUAAUUAUUAUUAAUAAUAAUAAAAAUGAAAAAGGGAGAUAGCUGCAGGGCUGUUAGGUUGCAAGGGAGAACAGGAGGAGUCUUGUGCUCUCAGUGGGAGGGUGUGCAUGUGAUGAACUCACUGUCCCACUGGUAAAGGAGUUGUGCUGUGAUUGGAUUGUUUGCUUGUACACAAUCAUGCACUUCAUUCUUACCAACUAAGAAGUGACAACAAAGGAAAGGAAUUCUUCGUCCCCACCAAUGGGAAAGGAGGACUAACUUGCCAUGAGCAUCUUUUUAUACUCCCUCCACACACUAAAGGGCCAGCUUUGGAGCAAGUAGGCUGCAGGCCUUUAGAGAAAGGAGGCAGCUACUAUAACCUUUUCUUUUUUAACUAAAAAGACAAAAGAAGCCUUGGGGGGGGGGAAAGACUUUAUUUUUCUAAGUGUUAAACUCAGUAUUUAUGUAAUUCUUAAAGGAAUUAAAGUCUGGCUCCUGUACAGUUUUCAUAGGGUUUGUAC